AUGGGUAACCAAGUUCCUUACUCACAGCAGCCACAAACAGAUGCCCACUCUUUACUUCUUGAAUUGCCUUCUCUUUCCCCUCAAGGUGAACCCCUUAAUUCCUCUCGUCUCUUCAAAAGCAUAAAAUGUCUCUUGGAGCAACGAAGCCUUGUCCUUGCAAAAGUAUAUAUAAAGCGAGACCCAGAAACCGACGCAGAACUCUCAAGAUACCAAAGUAAAGUCGACCUGCUUUAUCAGAAUAUUUUACCUACCUCUCAUCCCAACAUAUUGCUGACUCCCCCCCUCGAAGUUCGACCAAGAUUUUUUUGGUCGAACUUUGAGGGGGGUUAAGAAAAAUUUUUUAUAUAUAAUUUAGUCGUUAAAAAGAAAAAUAUUAUCAUAUUCUUCUGUAUGGUUGAGAGGGUGUAAGGUUAGAAAAAAUAGUGCAAGAUGGUUUUGUAACGCUUUUUUUAGAACUUGAAUACAAAAAUCGCAAGCUCACCCCCACAUAGAUUAAAAUUUUUGAAAAAUUGCUUAUUUUCCUAGUAAAUUUAUAUAGGUCUUGGUCAAACUUUGAGGGGGGUUUAUUUUCCAAAAAAAAUAGGAAUUUUCCCUAUAUCUUGGUCGAACUUCGAGGGGGGGGUGUGAGCGAAGGCUAUGACAUGAAAAGAGCAGGAAUUUUGGUUAGACAAUUCGCUGAGUCAACUUUACAUCAGAAAACAGUCAGGCCACCUAACCUGAAUUUAAUAGAGAAAAGGUGGAUCGCUUUUCAGAUGAUAAAUGCUGUAUUUCAGCUUCACCGUGAUGGGAUUUGUCAUGGAGAUAUCAAAUCAGACAACUUUUUAUUGACAAGCUGGAAUUGGGUGUUCCUUUGCGACAUUUCAUCAUAUUAUAAGCCGACAUUUUUGAAAGAAGGAGACUUAACCUCGUAUAAAUUUUAUUUCACGAGCACCAAAAGAGAAAGCUGCUAUAUGGCACCUGAGCGAUUUGUAAAACUGCAGAUUCCUGAAGGGACUUUUACAAAGGAAAUGGACAUUUUUUCGUUAGGGUGCUGCUUGGCUGAGCUGUAUAUGGACGGGAAAAGCUUGUUUUCACUGACUCAGCUUUUAGCUUAUCAAAGAGGCGAGCUGGAUAUGGCAAAAAUAAUAGCUAAAGCUCAAGACACUGAAAUAGUUGAAUUGCUGUCACAUAUGAUUUGUUUGGACCCAAGCUUAAGAAAAUCAGCUGAAAACUGCUUGGAAUAUUGAAAAGAGAAAAUUAUUUCUGAAGAAAUUUCAGGGUGUAUUUAUCCAGUCAUGUUUCAAAUAGCUUUAGACCAGCAGUUAAGAACCCCUGACAGCCGUAUUUUAUCUAUUGAAAGAAGAUAUAAAGACAUCGUUGGAAUUCUGAGAAAUAAAAAUGAAAUUGAGAUUCUAGUCCCAGUCGUCACUUCUUCACUUAGAAAUGCUUCAAAACCUUCCAUACGAGUAAAAGCCAUUGAUUUAUUGAAUAGUUUAGUUCCUUAUUUAUCAGACGACUGCAGAUUACAUAGGAUUCUCCCUUAUAUGAUUUCAUGUCUUACAACAAAAGAAGAGAGAAGUCAAGUAAAAAUUGCAUGCUUAAAGACCAUUCUAAAAAUUUUAGAAGAAAUCAGGGAACUUUCGACAAGAGAUGUAUUUUUAUUUGAAGAAUAUGUGUGGCCUGCUAUAAGUGUGCUGAAAAAUGAUGAGAGUGAAUGGGUUCAAACAAUUCUGGCUGAAUCUUUGCCACAAUGUGCAAGACUGGGGAGGCUGUUUUUAGAGCUCUCAAGAUAUACAAGAAGCCAAGCAGGAGCUGAGCUCCAAUCUUUUGAAAAAGAAAUAGAGAAAUUCAAUGAAAAAAUUGUUCAGAUUUUCAAAGAUUUAUUAUAUGCAAAAACAGAAAAUUCAGUGCAAGAAACACUUCUAAGCAAUUUCGCAGAACUUGCCGCUUGUUUUGAUAAGAAAUUCACUUUAAAUAAGAUUGUUUCUUUAUUGAUACCUUGGCUAAACAAAGGAGACAAAUAUCGAGUGCUCAUUAUGCAGCAAAUUCCCAAAUUAGUCGAAGUGAUAGGCUACACAGCAUUUAAAGAAAAAAUUUAUCCUUGUAUAGAAAAUGCAUUUAAUGGGCACAGUGAAAUUGUGGUUUACCACUCAAUCCAGGCCUUGAGAAAGCUCCCAUCAAUUUCUUAUGAUUUUUUAAUCAAAUCUGCAAUAUUUCUUUUACAUCCUAAUCAAUGGAUUCGUGGAGAGGUUAUAGAGCUCACUAAAACACUGCUUGCAAAGGUAGAUCCCACAGAUAAUUAUUGCUUUAUUAGGCCAAUUUUGAUUCCUUAUUUAACUUUAAGGUCAAAAUCUGUUUAUUUAAUUACAAAUGCAUGCGUAGACGAGCACUUAAAAAAGAGCUUCAGAAGAUCGAUAUUUGAAAAAUUUAUUAAUAAAAUUCCUAUUGAGGAUUACCUGCCCCACGAAGAAGAAGCUAAAAACAGCUUAGAAAUGCUAGCCACACUUAUAAAAGAAAAACCACAGGCCAGCAAAAUCCAAGGCCAGCCUACAAUCGCUAAAGAAAAAUCAUAUGAAAAUUUAGCUGGUGAAGAAGAAAAAGAAUUAAGGCAAAGCACUCGGCCUUCACUGAGAAUGUCAGACGUUAUGAAAAUCCAUAACCCUUUUGACAAUUUCAGUUUUCAAGGAAAAUUCCAAGCUUGCUUCAACGAGCAUGAAGCUGCAGUGACCCACUUGUCAGUUGUGGAGCAAAACAAUGUCUUUAUCAGUGCAUCAAAUGAUGGCACAGUCAGAAUUUGGGACUUAAAGCAGCUUGAAAAUUUCCAGCCUUUGCGGUCUCGAUACACCAAAGCAAUUGGCCAAAACUUAAAGCUGAAAUCGCUAGGCGUUUGUGGAGAUCUCGUAUUUGUUGGCUCUGAAAAAGGAAUUUCUGCUUACAAUAUAGAGACUUUUGAAGACGUCCAAGCCAUAUCAAGCUCCAGCAUAAUUCAAGGCACAGCUAUUGAUAAUAACAGUUUAGCAUAUGUCACUACUGAAGGGAUUUUAAAUAUUCAUGAUUUAAGGAUCAGCCAAAAAGCACAGAGCUAUAACUUUGGGUACCAAAGAGGGAUAUUUUCAACUAUUUGUGUAGGGCCAGAUCCAAAAGUGUUAGGCCUCGGGACAUUGUCUGGGUAUUUAUUAUUAUAUGACCUUAGAUUUAAUUCUUUAUGCUGCAGUUAUUCACAUUCAAAAGAAGAAGGAUUUUUAAGCAUGCAAGGGUUUAUCCCAGAUCCUAAAUGCACAUUUAACACUGAAGGGGAUGGGACUCCUUAUAUAGCUGCUGCGAAUGGGUCUGAUAUCGUAAUGUGGAACAUCCAGACAGGAAGGGCGUCAUUAAUUCUUACACAGGCUUCAGAUAUCCCUAUAUGUGUUCCUUACCUUCAGCCUGAGACUGGCUCAGUCCCAAGCAAUUUGGCCUCAAAAGGCUUUAAUGAAAAGCCAAAACUCCCUACAAACGACGUUUUCAGACAGAAUUUCAUUAGCAAGCACAGUGAGUACACAGCCAAAUCCAUCAAUUAUAUCCAGAACUGGGCGAACUUCAGCCACAGACUGAGAAAAGUCUUUGAAAAUCCACGGACAGUCCGCAAGGUCUUAAGCCCUCAAGGAGGCCCCUACAAUGCUCCAUUCUUGCUUUCGGCUGGUCAUGACUCCAUGAUUCGUUUCUGGGAUCUCAGCAACCCUCAAAAGUCCACAAUUCUUGGCCAAGACGGUAGCUUUAAAGCAAAUUUCUCAUCACAAAUGCUUCCAGAUAUCUUGGUAAUCCAAGAAGGACCGAUUUUUUCAAAUUCUCACCCUUACUCCCCAAUUUUUUCAUCAAUAAAACGACGUGAGUUUGACGACAUUCCUCCAAAUCGCAAAAUUGCUCACACUGACGCUAUUCUUGACAUGGCUUUAGUUCUCAAACAAAGGACUCCGCUGUUGCUGACGGCUUCAAGAGAUGGCACAAUUAGAGCUUGGAAUUAA